CGACAUUUGACAAGUUGACAGUCCCAAGACAAACUUGAAAGUUUUGAAUACAAAGUUUGUUUUUGUCAUGUAACGUAGGUAUAUUUUGAUGAACCUAUUUUAUACUGUACUUGUUAUAUGCGUACAAAUUCAUGAACAGGAAAGGAAUUUAAUUUAUGACGUAGUUUUAUAGAUUAGUCAUUUUGUAUGAGUAAGUAUGAGGUCUAUGUGAUCAAAAUAAGGACAAAGUGAAUAGUCGCCGGUGUAGCUUCUGCUGGCUGCGAUGCAGACGUCUGAUAACAUGGAGAGCGACUUUGUGAUACGAGACGCGACGCCUCAGGACCUCGCAGUGCGGGCAGAGCUCGUGCGUUGCAGCAUUACGGAGUAUGAUCUCGAGGCGUUCUUCAUGUUAUUCUUUCAAGAGCUGACACUGCACGUGUGCGUGCUGGGCGGCGCCGUGGUGUUCAUCUUCCUGGGCGGCGGCGCCGGCGCGGCGGCCGCGCUGCUGCUGGCCGUGCUGGGCGCGCUGGGCGCCGGCGCCGCGCUGGCGCACCGCGCGGCGGCCGAGCGGCUGGCGGCGCGCCUGCCCGCCGAGCUGUACGGCGUGGUGGCCACGCGCGGCGGCCGCGUGCUGGGCUCGGCCAGCGUGGCGGAGUGCUGGGGCCCGCGGCGCAGCGGCUGGCUGCAGGCGCUGGCGGUGGCGCCGGGCUGGCGGCGGCGCGGCCUGGCCCGCCGCCUGCUGGCGCACGUGCGGGCGCGCGCGCUCGUGGAGGGGCUGGAGUCGCUGGAGGCGGCCGCCAGCUCGCUGCAGGCGCCCGCCGCCGCGCUGCUGCACGCCGCGGGGUGGGAGAUGCGCGGCUCGUACCACCGUCCGCUGCUGGGCGCGGCGCUGACGCUGCCGAUGACCCGCAUGGGGCUGGAGCUGCCGCACGCGUGACGCCGUGCGCCUCUACUCUCUACUGCCUGAAUCUCGAAUAUACACAAUCAUUACUACUCAAUAAUAAGGAUUACCUACAUAAAAAUGAAUGUACGAAUUUACAUAAAGUAAAUAUUAUUAUUUUUGUAAAAAUGUA